CGGUGCGCGGCGCACCGCUGGGUCCAUGCACCAGAAUGACACACACACACACACUCUCUCUCUCUCUCUCUGGCUCUCAAUGCCCCUGUCGCCAAGGGGGCUGCCUGCUUGCUGCCACUGCACACACCCACCCGGGCUGCUUGUGCAUUUCCUCCUCCUCCCCCGGCGGCGGCGGCGGCGGCGUCUGUCUCCUCCCUCCUCCUCCUCCUCCUCCCCGCGGACAGGCUGGGAGGGAGGCGCCUCGUCCUUCCCCGCCCGGCCAUGGCGGGCCACGAGCGGGCCGGCGCAGGCGGCAAGCUCAGCCUCAAGCGCAAAAGGGGGGCGGCGGGCUCCUCCGCCUCCUCGUCCUUGCCGGGGGGCGACCCCCCGCCGCCGUCCGCUGCUCCUCGACCCUGGUGAAUGGCGCGCAACGCAGCCGCCGCCGAGGGCGCUUCUUUUUUUUUUUUUUUUUUUUUUGCAAGAAAGGCGCGCGCAGCAGCUCUCCCUGGUUUGAAGAGCCAGGCCUCAGCAGUGCCGAAAGCACCUGGGCGGCGUUACUGAAGGCUGUGGGCCCACAUCUGAACUGCGCAAGCUUGGAGAAAGUGAUCCGGCUCCCAGAGUUUCUGAAAAAGAGCUCUGAGAUUGUAAACCUGCAGCCAAAACCUGAAGUCUUUAAUGUUGGAACAAAACAGUUUCAGUGGAUUCCACUUCCACCUCACCACAGAGAAAUCAAUCAAUCAAAGGAUCUAAGCCACCGCAACUCUGAAAAUCAGACUCUCGGUUUAACAGGAAGAGAAAAUAAGGAAGAGGAGAGGCUCAAAAUGGUGUCUCUUGCUCCUGAGCAAGAGUCCCUCGCCACCAAUGAGCAUACAGUGGAGAAAUCCCGAACGAUACACACCACGAGACACUCUGCGAACCUGGGUGGCGAAGAGAGGAUUGGACCAGCGCAAUUGGACCACCAACAGAAUUCACCAGAUUAUUCUGUACUAGCAGCUAAGCAGAGCCAUCCAAAGAACGUUGACUCCCAAGAGCUUUGGGAAGAGAGUACCACACAGAGCAGAAAGAACAGCAGGAGAGGAGAUGAAUACACAGGAGAUGGCCUCAAGGAAACCUCACCUCUCGAAUCUUGUCCUAUGUGUCAGAUGCGCUUUUCUGGAAUAUGGUCAAAACUGGACCUUGAUAGCCACCUUGCCAAGUGCUUGUCUGAAAGUGCCGAAGAUGUGUUUUGGUAACUCAGAGGACUCGAAGACUUAAGUAGUCAGAUGUGCAGUCAUUUCAUUGUGUAGCAAGAAAGCUAAAAAGGAAAGAAGGGCAUUUAACCUCUCAUUAUGCCUUUAUCUGAGUCUAUAAGCAUCAAUUCCAAUCCUGCUAUGACAGCUAUUAUGGGGGAAUGGGUGUGGCAAUGCUAGCAAAGUCCAGGUACUUCUCUAUGGCCUCUGUCAUAAGAGCACUUCUGAAGAAUCCACUGCAAAAAGGGACAGGCAUUCACAGACGAUUAACUGUGCAGAAUUUUUUUUUUUAAAAAAUCCAGUAAAUACAAUAUGCCUAGUCUGCUUCAGUGGAUUUGGGGAGAAUGGAAGAUUUGAUUAGCUCAUGAGAAAUUAAAUUGUCUGCUCGAACUAGGCAUGAAAAAGCCUCCAAAUAAAAUUUAAAAAGGUA